AUGAUGAGACUUCCGAGCAUCGCAGGUGCAGUACUUCUACUCCUACUGAGGGCGGUUCCAAUCGUGUACGCGCAGUCAGCAUCGUCUUGUACCGCAGUUCCUGCCGUUGCCUCAUGCGUAUCCUCAAUCACAUCACUCGUCAGCCGCACAGCAUCCGUGUCAAAAUUUUGUUCUUCGGUCUUGGAAUGCCCUCUGCCGACAACCACGACUUUGGUCGGCACCGUCUCAACGACGACAACCAAAACACGGACGUCUACGUACACUCUUGAAGAAAUAGGCACUGAAACAACUACGACAUCCACGUUCUCCUACACAGAGUCAACCUAUAGUUACAUAGCAACUGAGACCGUGAGGCCAACAUGGACAGUCGAGCGAUUCGAAGUCACAACGGCAAAGCCGAAGCAACGGCGAGAGGCCAUGAAUCACCUUGAAGUCAGAGCAGUCACUUCGGUGUGCUCGUUAGCAGUUCAGAAGAGCGCAUGCUCGUGUCUGUACACAUGUCCAGGGCCAGUCAUCAAGGAUAGUCGCAAAACCAUCAAGAGUAUUGAGACUGAGAUCUCAUGGGUCGUAACAACUUCGUUCAUUACGUACACCAAUAUCGAAUACUAUCCGAUCAUUACAGCCGAAGUCUCACUUCCGACUAGCACUGUCACGCAAGCGGAAAUUGCGACCCAUACGCGAAAUAUCAAAUGCACCCCUUCGGCCAGCGACCCGUCUUUCUACCUCCUAGCAACCGUUGCGCCGGUCCCAACACCGGUCCCAGUGUACAACGACAAAUACGUGCUCGCGAACCCGCAGUUCGAAUUGUUCACAGAGAAUGGCGUCUUGUUCGAGCCGCAGUAUACCCCGGACAAGGGCACCGCCAGCGUCUUCAUCCUCGAUAGCAAAGGCCGCAUCGUCACGCAAACAUCCUACGGCGAUCACUUCUUCGCCAGCGAUGACUAUAAUGACUUCGAGCUGAUGCACAUCCUGCCCCGUGGAUGGAUCCAGGCGCGCAGAGGUCACAAUGGCGAGGAUGCCGGAUUCGACUAUGUCUAUUGCACGAUGCAGCCUCCGUCGGGGCGAUAUGUUGGUGGAUUCAAGGAGUUGGCAUGCACGCAGGGGUACUUCAAUGCGACGGUCUUGCAGUAUUGUCCGUUAUAUGACGAGUAUUUCCACACAGGAACGGUGCUUGGGGCGGAGUACAGUGCUACAACUCCUGAUUGCCUGCUGGUGACAUACUUGGUGGUUCCCGUCUGCUGA